AUGCAUCCACAGUUAGAUAGAAAUAGAUUUGAUCCUUGUGAGAAGCUAAUGGAUGCAUUAGAAGAAUGUCACAGACAAGAAUUCUUGAAGAAGGCUCUAGGAAUGUGUAACUUUGAGAAGGAAGAAUUGACUAAGUGUUUGCACUAUACGAGAGUUAACGAUGCAAAUGACAGAAUUAGACAAUCAAAAGAGAAGCAGAAGAAAUUCGAACAGAGAAGAAAAGAAAGCGAAGAAGAAUUAUACGGAAAGAAUAACUACUUAAAGCGUAUUAUCGAAAAGGAGGCUGAAAGCAGAGGCAAGCAGUAA